AUGUCAGUGCUGUGCAGGUAUGUCAGUGCUGUGGAGGCCGCUUCAGGCGGGGUCGGGCAGAAGGAGGCGCCGGCUGCGUCGAAGUCUGGCGAGACGCUGCUGCAGGGAUGUCAGUGCUGUGCAGGCCGCUUCAGGCAGGGUUGGGCAGAAGGAGGCACCAGCUGCAUCGAAGUCAGUGCUGUGCAGGCCGCUUCAGGCGGGGUCGGGCAGAAGGAGGCGCCGGCUGCAUCGAAGUCUGGCGAGACGUUACUGCAUGCAUGGCAGCGCUGUGAAGUCGCUUACAGGCGGGGCCGGCCUGAGGUGAGUCGCUGGCUGUAUCGAAGUCUGGCAAAACGUUGCAGUGCUGUGCAGGCCGCUUCAGGCGGGGUCGGGCAGGAGGCGCCGGCUGCAUCGAAGUCUGGCGAGACGCUGCUGCAGGCAUGCUGGUUGCAGCGUUACGGAGACACCAGUCACGAGGCCAGGCAGUGUGGACUGCUGUACCGGAGACGCCCCCACAGGCUGGCAGCACCACUGGGAAGCAGAGACCAGGCAGCGCACGUAGAGACGCUUGCCGCACCGGAGACGCCUGCAGUCGCGAGACCAGGCAGUGUACCGGAACCGCCAGCUGCACCGGCGACGCCUCUACAGGCUGGCGGCAGCGCUGCGGAGACACCUGCAGCCGCGAGGCCAGGCAAGGCAGCGACGCCUGCUGUACCGGAGACGCCUCUACAGCCUGACGGCACGGCUGCGGAGACGCCUGCAGUCGCGAGACCAGGCAGUGUACCGGAACCGCCAGCUGCACCGGCGAUGCCUCUACAGGCUGGCGGCAGCGCUGCGGAGACGCCUGCAGUCACGAGGCCAGGCAGUGUACCGGAGCCACCAGCUGCACCGGAGACGCCCCCACAGGCUGAUGCUCACGGCUGCGGAGACGCUUGA